UCAUUCAAAAUAAAGCCAAACACAAUAAACCAAAAUAAAUUUAAUCCGCUUUGUUCAUAUAUGAUACCCCCCACUAUCUGAUUCUUGAAUCACAAAAUUCUCAUGUGCUAAAAAUCAAUUCUUGAUUACCAUGAUAAUUCAUGUCUUAAUUCUUGCCACACUAUUGUGUCUUUUCUUAAAUAUUCCCAUAUACCAAUCUCACCCCUUAGAUCCUCUCACCCGUAAAGAAAUCAACUCAAUUAGACAUACAAUCAAUAAUUUUUAUUCCCACAAUACCCCUUCUUCCAAUAAUCCAACAUUUCAUUUUCUUGACAUUGAAGAACCGGAGAAAAACCAUGUCCUAAAAUGGCUAUCUUCCGACCGAAACCGAAAAAACCGCUUGUUCCCCACUCGUCGAGCCAAUGUAGUGAUCCGCGUAAACGGCGAAACGCGCGAACUCGUUGUCGACUUAAUCACCGAUUCAAUCGUAUCCGACAGACUUCACAAAGGCAAUGGAUAUCCACCGUUCACAUUCGAUGAGCUUCUCGUAGCGAGUAGGGUUUCGACUAGCUACCCUAAAUUUCGAGAUUCGAUUGCGAGAAGAGGCCUCAACUUAUCCGAAAUUACGUGCAUGCCCCUCACGACAGGCUGGUUUGGUGAAGCUGCAAUAAAGAGAGUUGUUAGAGUCACAUGCUUUUACAGGGGAGGCACUUCCAACAUGUGGGCCCGCCCUAUCGAAGGCAUAAGUUUGCUAGUCGAUGUCGAGAAAAUUCAAGUGAUCGAAUAUUCCGAUAGGUUCAAAACCCACUUGCCGAAACUCGAAGGCGCCGAUUUCCAAACGCGGAGGGGUAGUUCCGUCUUUUGCAACGAGAAAAACUCGAGCAUAACAAUCGACAUGCAUGAGGUUAGAUGGGCGAAUUGGGAAUUUCACGUGGCGUUCGAUGCGCGAGCGGGUGUGAUUAUAUCGACCGCCUCGAUCUUCGACCCGACGACGAAGAGGUUUCGACGCGUGCUCUAUCGAGGGCAUGUGUCGGAGACGUUCGUGCCGUACAUGGACCCCACUCAAGAAUGGUACUACCGAACUUUCUUGGAUGUGGGAGAGUUCGGAUUCGGCCGAUCAGCUAAUUCUCUCGUCCCGUUUAUCGAUUGUCCGGAAAAUGCUGUUUAUAUGGAUGGAUACAUGGCUGGUGGAGAUGGACACGUGCAAAAAGUGCCGAACGCGAUUUGUAUUUUCGAGUCUUUUGCUGGAAAUGUUGCUUGGAGGCACACAGAAGUUGGUGUACCUGGAAAACUGAUAAUAAGUGGUGAGGCAGAGGUUAAUCUUGUGGUGAGAAUGGUGGCAACUGUAGGGAACUAUGAUUAUAUACUUGAUUGGGAGUUCAAGAAAAGUGGUUCAAUCAAAGUAGGGGUGAGUUUAUCAGGUGUUCUCGAAAUGAAGGCGACAAAAUACACGAACGCAGAUCAG